CCGUUUAAAGAUCUUUAUCGCAUCGGAGAAAUUUUGCGUCUGUACGUCUCUGAAACUUGCAGUUUGGGGUAAAACCUGAGCUAUAUAUUUUCACCGAAAUGGCACACAACUACGUAGUUACUGCCCACAAACCUACGGCUGUGAACGCGUGUGUUACUGGAAACUUCACAUCUCCCGACGACCUCAACCUGAUCGUUGCCAAGAAUACCCGUCUAGAGAUUUACGUCGUCACCCCAGAAGGUCUCCGUCCAGUCAAGGAGAUCGGAAUCAAUGGAAGAAUUGAGGUUCUGGAGCUCUUCAAACCUCAGGGUGAAGAGAAGUCAUUAUUGUUUAUCUUAACUGCACGAUACAACGCCUGCAUCUUGGAGUACGUUAAAGAUGGUGACAGUGAAGAGGUGGUCACCAAGGCCCACGGAAAUGUCCAGGAUCGCAUCGGCAGACCAUCAGAGACUGGCCUGAUUGGAAUCAUUGACCCAGAGUGCAGAGUGAUCGGACUGCGUCUCUACGACGGACUCUUCAAAGUGAUUCCACUGGACAAAGAUAAUAAGGAGCUGAAAGCCUUCAGUAUCAGGUUGGAAGAAUUAAAUGUUAUUGACGUUCAGUUCCUGCAUGGCUGCCAAGUACCAACCAUUGUAUUCGUUCACCAAGACCCACACGGGAGACACAUGAAAACCUAUGAGAUCAACCUAAGGGAGAAGGAGUUUAACAAGGGGCCCUGGAAGCAGGAUAACGUCGAGACCGAGGCCAGUAUGGUGGUCACAGUCCCUAAGCCGUGCGGAGGAGCUCUCAUCAUAGGCCAAGAAUCUAUUACCUACCAUAAUGGAGAUAAAUACGUCGCAAUAGCGCCACCUAGCAUAAAAGCAAGCACAUUGAUAUGCCACGGUCGUCUUGACUCGGACGGUUCUCGUUACCUCCUCGGUGACAUGGCGGGUCGACUCUUCCUCCUCCAUCUUGAGAAAGAAGAGACAAUGGAUGGAGUCGUCAACGUCAAGGACCUUAAAGUGGAGCUUCUCGGAGAGACAUCAAUCGCAGAAUGUGUGACAUAUCUCGACAAUGGUGUGAUUUUCAUCGGCUCCAGACUCGGUGACUCUCAGCUAGUCAGGCUGACAGUUGACCCAGAUGAGCACGGUUGCUACGUUCAAACGAUGGAGACUUUCACAAACCUUGGACCCAUCGUUGACAUGGUGGUAGUAGAUCUAGACAGGCAAGGACAGGGUCAGCUCGUCACCUGUUCUGGUUCAUACAAAGAGGGCAGUCUUCGCAUCAUUAGAAACGGUAUUGGAAUUCAUGAGCAUGCAAGCAUCGACCUCCCCGGUAUCAAGGGACUGUGGCCGCUGAGGGUCGACCAGGAAUCACGGUUCGAUGACACGCUCAUUCUAUCCUUCGUUGGACAGACAAGGGUGCUGAUGCUGAAUGGAGAGGAGGUUGAAGAGACAGAAAUGCCGGGGAUUGAUGGUGACAAACAAACCUUCUACUGCGGGAACGUCUUUAAUAAUCAACUUAUUCAGAUCACAGCAGCGUCUGUGCGUUUAGUGAACGCAGUCACCAAGCGUAUGGUCAGCGAGUGGCAGUCUCCAUCCAGUAAGAACAUCAGCGUUGCUGCUUGUAACACGAGGCAAGCCGUCUGCGCCGUAGGGAGAGACGUAUUCUACAUCGAAAUACACGAAGGAGAGCUCAAGCAGAUCAGUACUGUAACCAUGGAUCACGAGGUAGCGUGCCUAGACAUCACACCUCUGACAGACGGCUCCGACAUGGCUGAGCUUUGCGCCGUUGGUCUCUGGACUGAUAUCUCGGCUCGCAUGCUAAAGAUUCCAAGCCUGGAGUUGCUACACACAGAGAUGCUUGGUGGAGAAAUUAUACCCCGUUCGAUUUUGCUGAGUGUCUUUGAGGGUCAGUGCUACGUACUGUGUGCUCUGGGUGAUGGCUCGUUGUUCUAUUUCCAGUUGAAUUCAGAAACCGGUAUCAUGCGGGACCGGAAGAAAGUGAUCUUAGGAACCCAACCCACCGUCUUGAAGACGUUCAAGUCCCACUCGACGGUCAACGUCUUUGCCUGCUCCGAUAGGCCCACGGUUAUCUACAGCAGUAAUCACAAGCUGGUCUUCUCUAAUGUCAACCUUAAAGAGGUCAGCUAUAUGUGCCCUUUGAACUCUGAAGGGUACCAGGACAGCCUGGCUCUAGCCAAUGACACCACUCUCAUGAUCGGCACCAUCGACGAGAUCCAGAAGCUACACAUCCGCACCGUCCCGCUGGGUGAAUCUCCCCACCGCAUCGCCUACCAGGAAGCCACCCAAACCUUCGGGGUUAUCACCAUGAGGACAGAGCUCAAGGACGCUACAGGAGCGGGGACGAUGCCUGUCAGGCAGAGCGCCAGCACGACGGCUUUGAAUAUGUCGAGUAGUACCAACAUGAAGGGUUUACCGGGGCAGAGUGGGGCGGAAGGGUCACACAUUGGAGACGAGAUUGAGCUGCAUUCAUUGCUGGUUAUCGAUCAACACACAUUUGAAGUUCUCCAUGCGCAUCAUUUUGUACCCUACGAGUACGCCACAAGUGUCGUCUCUUGUAAACUUGGCAACGAUCCAACAACCUACUAUGUAGUCGGUACUGCAAUGGUGUACCCCGAAGAGGCGGAGCCUAAAAAGGGGCGGAUUGUGGUGUUCCAAUACAGCGACGGGAAACUUCAAGAAGUUACAGAGAAAGAGAUUAAAGGAGCCGCUUUCUCGAUGUUGGAAUUUAACGGAAAGCUUCUUACGUCUAUCAACAGCUUGGUGCGACUGUUUGAGUGGACCGCGGAGAAGGAGCUGAGGAUUGAAUGUAGUCAGUAUAACAACAUCUUAGCGCUCUUCCUUAAGACAAAGGGUGACUUCGUCUUGCUCGGUGAUCUGAUGCGAUCUGUAACGCUACUUGCUUAUAAACCCAUGGAGGGCUGUCUAGAAGAGAUUGCCCGAGACUACAACCCUAACUGGAUGUCAGCCGUGGAGAUCUUAGAUGACGAUACAUUCUUAGGAGCUGAGAAUUCUUUUAAUCUCUUCACAUGUCAGAAAGACAGUGCGGCGACCACAGACGAGGAAAGACAACAUCUUCAAGAGGUCGGGAUGUUCCACCUUGGUGAUUUCAUCAAUGUCUUCCGUCACGGUUCACUGGUCAUGCAGAAUAUCGGCGAGAGCACCAUCCCUACGCACGGCAGCGUGCUGUUUGGCACCGUCAACGGAACUGUCGGAUUGGUGACCCAACUGACGGAGGAGUUCUACCAUUUCUUACUGGAGGUGCAGAGCAAACUGACACGAGUUAUCAAGAGCGUCGGCAAGAUAGAGCACUCUUUUUGGAGGUCGUUCUACACUGAUCGUAAGACGGAGACGGCAGAGAAUUUCAUCGAUGGGGACUUGAUCGAGAGUUUCUUAGACCUCAGUAAGGAGAAGAUGGAGGAAGUUGUUCAAGGGUUACAGAUUGAUGAUGGGGACAUGAAGCGGGACGCCAACGUCAACGACAUCAUCAAAAUCGUGGAGGAAUUGACGAGGAUACAUUGAUGUUCCUUAAAAUCAAAGAUAAGCUCAAUUAGGUUUAGCAGUGUCCAAAUUAGCGGCUAUGGCUUAUGCUACAGCUCCGGCUGGAAUACUAAGUCAGCGUGCAUUGAAGCAUAGGCUGACCAUAGCGACACACUUAGCAACAGCCGCAGCCACCAAAUGGGAUACGGUCUUGCUUUGUUAUAAAUGCAGUGGCCGUUAAGUCUGGUGCCCUAUACACUUCUAUGUGAUUACAGUGGUUUUCUAAACACGUUAUUAGGCUCAGACUGUUUUGCUUUUGCCUUCAAUGAUAUUUUUAUCAUUUCUUGGGCCCAGAUGGGACUUACGGAAGAGCCCUUUUGAGGUAAAGUAAUAUGUUGUUGUACAAAUUGUAUAUAACGCCAAUCUCGUCCAUAACUAAUUUUUGUGAAAAUUCUGUCAUAAUUGUCCCUGAAAUUUGUGUUUUUUGUUUGUUUCAACUUUGUGAACUAUCUUAAGAAAUGUUUUUGAGCGAUGAAAUGGGUGAUUUGUAGUCAAAUUUUACACAAGCCUAUGCCGGUUCUUCAACUAAUUUUUAUUCUCGUCUUGUAGAAUAAACUCUGGUCCAGUAAAUAUUUUGAGCUACAAUCCCUGCAGUCUUGUGGACAUUUCCCCAAAUUCGAGCUUUACAUUG